GGAGAUUCGUAAUUUCAGUCGUUGGGAUGGCGGGUGAUAACACUGAAAUAGACUUGUAUGAUAAUAUUGAUGAGGACUUCGUGCAGGAAUGUACCGAUCUCACAGAGUUAUAUGACGAUGUUAUCGCACCAAUUAAGUCAGAGAAUUCUUCUGGCGUUCCAUCAAUGGCCUCUAAGCACUCAUAUAGUUCUUCAGCUCCUCCAGGGCGCCGUGUAUCAGUCUAUGUCGGUAAUUUGACUUGGUGGACAACAGAUUUAGAUUUGCUAGAAGCAGCAUCAGGUAUCGGUAUUAACGAUGUUAUUGAAAUAAAAUUUCACGAAAACCGACAAAAUGGUCAAUCCAAAGGGUUUUGUGUAAUGGUUUUCGGGUCAGAACAGUCCAUGCGUUUGGCUAUGGACAAAUUUCCAAAAAUAGAUCUCCACGGCCAAAAUCCUGUUGUCACAAGCUAUACAAAGCACAAUUUGAGCGUUUUUGAAAAAGCUGCUGGCAGCGACAAUCAGGCUACUGCCCGACCUCGCACGGAAGAAAUGCAGACAAUGAAGGUGUCUGGAGCAGGCACUACUGGUGUUUUGGGGAACCGCUUACCGCCUCCAUUAAUGGCUACACCUACUAUGCCUGCAUCACUUGGAUUCAGUGUACGCAAUAACAGUCCUUUGAUGGGACAAGUCGUCCCAAACGUUCGAAAUGCAGCAAAUCUGUCAUCUAGUAUUCAACAAGCUCUUGCUAAUCACAAUGCACACUCCGGCUUAGGCGGAAAUUCAAACGUAAAUCAAUUGCCUUUAAACUUUCCGGGUUCAACCGGCGUUCUAAUGCCUCCGAGUGGCAUGUCAACAGCAACCUUAGCAGCAAAUGCUACAGGACUGUUACCCUCAAACUUCACUCUUCCUAGCACGAUUGCAACAUCCAUCGCAACAAAUGCUCAUGUGAACCCAAAUUUUUUGACACAACAAGUACCGGGAAAUCCUCCGAUGUUACCAAAUUCUUUGCCACCUGGUGUAAUGCAGUUGCCUACUCAGAACAAUGAUUCCAAUGUAAGACCACAGUUUGAUCAUUACGGAAGACCGGUUAUUCAUACUUAUACCCCUCCUGUUCCAGGAAAGCUCUCUGAAUCAGAGUUCGAAGAUAUUUUGCAGAGAAACAAGACAGUCUCCUCAAGUGCUAUUAACAGAGCCGUACAGGAUGCUGCUGGUGGUGAUUAUGCAAGUGCUAUUGAAACAUUAGUAACUGCAAUAUCUCUUAUCAAACAGUCAAAAAUAGCUAAUGAUGACCGAUGCCGGAUUCUGAUCAACUCUCUUCAAGACACUUUACAUGGUAUUGAGUCGAAGUCUUAUGGUGCUAAAGUUUCUGUAUGGAGUGACUCAGAUCGAAUUACGUCGGUGACAUUAGGCUUAUCGUGUAUUUUCUGACCUAUUCUCCACCUUUCUAUCAUUUCGGAUCUUCGAUUAUUCUGACACUUUUCCAUGGUUGUUGGAUUAAUUGCUAGAUAAACUCUACCCGCUAUAUUGGCUCUUCAUCCGAUGACGUCUGGAUUCAUCAAGGGAAUAAUUUCACUCAACAUUUUUGUCUCUUCCUGUGUUUUCAAUUUGUGAAUAUUGACAGAUAAUGCCACGGCUUUAUUUGUUUGUCCAUUUUAAUACAUUGAGAUGUUUGAUCAUUCAAGCAGGUUAAAGUAACUAGAUUUUCAUUCUGAAAUGAUUAUGCUGUAUUUCCUCGAUUUUUUUCUUGACAGGAGCAGUAGUCGAAGACGUCGUCGUUCGUAUAGCGACAGUGGCAGUGAUGGUGGAGAAGGGAAUUACAAUAGUUCCAUCAGUGGUAGUGGCAACAACAAUUCUCGUCGUCACAGAGACCGAAAUCAUAGGUCUCGAUCUCGUGACCGACACGAUCGGCAUGAACGUCACGAUCGCCGCAGACAUUCUCGUGAAAGAGGGUCUGGAAGUGGCAACACUUACUAUGGGAUUGGAUCCAGUCUUCCUCUUCCUAGUGGAUCUGGUUUGUCUGGAAUCCAAUCAGUAGAUGGUUCCGGUCAGACGUGUGCUGGAAAUCUUGGGAGCAGUGCAGAUCGGUAUCGAGACAGUCGAUACAGACAUUAAUCCUAGUUACAUACUCCUCUCAAUUGCCAACCUGGUGACCAGUGUAGCAGUACUUUUGUUUUCUAAUUAAUUUUUCAAUUCGUUUGUUCUCCCAAAUCAUCUGGUUGUACAGUUUGGUCAUAUUUCAAUAACCAUUGACUCACUUCAUUGCUGCUAACUUUUAUGUUCACUAUUUUCGUUGUAUUGGUAGAAUUGGAGCUCAGGAGUGUAACAGGCAAGUGAAAUCCUAUAAUAUAUGUUUAUUCAAUCUUUUUAGCUUGUCCACUUACUCAGUGAUCCGGUUACCAUUGGUGCUUAGUUUUGGGUGUAUUUGUAAUUAUCAUUUUGUACAUUGUAAUCUUGUUAUUCCUUUUCGCUUUACUGUUUUGUAUACAUCACUUGUUAUUGAUUAUGUUUUCGUUGCAUGUACUGACAACUCUUUGAUAUAGAAUGACCAUCAGCUAACUAUUGGAGGAGUGUAUAUCCGAUUUGAUUAAUGUUGCUAACUUCUCCCUUGAUAAUUAUGUAGAUAUUUCCCCAGCCAACUUCAUUCACUGUACAUUUUCAAUCCCUCCUGUUCCUAUAAAGUGUGUAUAGUUUCUGUAUAUUAUUAAGACAAAUAAAAAUUUGUUUAAUGUGGCAUUGUAAAGCUGAAGUGUUCAUAUUUCUGUAUAUAUCAGCUGUUUCAUAUGUUGUAAAUAGAUACUGAGAACGGACGUGGAAAGUCUUGAAUGUACUUGUUUGAUUUCAAUGUAAAUAGUUUUUAUCUAAAACGUUUCUGGUUCCUCAUCAUACCACUUGUAUAUAAUAGACUGAUUGAUGCCCCCAUAACUUUGUAUACAUAAAUAUCAAUAUUUUAACUGUUACAUUCCAUGUAAACAAUUUUUUUUCUAAAAUAAAAUAUAUUACUAGUCUUCUUAAUGAAUAUGCACAACCUAAAUGCGUCAAAAUAUGUCUUUUGUCAUUUCGACUGUCUAACUCUAUUUUUUCUUCCUUUUCAGGUGUACAGUGGUCGUUUCAAAUCGGGUCUAAAUUAUUGUUUUAAUUUUAAAAAAAUAUACUUAUCAUUGUGUC